AAAAUAACGUUAGUACAAAACAAAAAAUGGGAACAAUUGCAGAAAUUCGUAAUUGGAAUGAAUUUACCUGGGUAUAUGAUGGUGAAAAAGCUGGCUACAUUUAUGCACAACCUUUGCCAAAAUUUAGAGAAUUGAACAA